AUGGGAAUAACUAAUAUCCUUUGUCAAGCUUUGCAACAAAAAGAUCAAGACAUCGUAAAUGCUAUGCAAUUGGUUUUGAGUACAAAACAAAUCAUUCUGAAAUUGAGAGAAAAUGGUUGGAACAAGUUACUUGAUAUUGUUAAAUCAUUUUGUGAGUGCCACAACAUUGAUGUGCCUGAUUUGAGUGUUCCUUAUACCAAAAAAAUUAAGGGUCAGUCACGUCACCCACAAGAGAAUAUUACACUUAAGCACCACUAUCGGAUUGAUAUAUUUUAUGGCACAAUUGAUUCACAAUUGCAGGAGUUGAAUAACAGAUUUAGUGAAAAGGCAAUGAAACUUGUUACUCUCAGCUCAGCUUUGGAUCCUAGAGAUGGUUACAAGUUCUUUAAAGUUGAAGACAUUUGCACGCUUGUAGAUGAAUUUUAUCCUCAAGAUUUCACGGACCAAGAGAGGAUUAUGUUGACAUUCCAAUUGCAACAUUAUGAGGUUGAAAUGCCUGUUCAUUCAUAUUUGAAAAAUAUGUCAACGAUUUCUGAACUAUGUAGAGGAUUAGUGGAAACAAAGAAGUCAAAAAUCUACUUUUUGAUUGAUAGGUUGAUUCGUCUUGUCUUGACUCUUCCCGUUUCCACGGCAACUACAAAAAGGGCAUUUUCAACUAUGAAACUUGUCAAAACACAACUGCGCAAUAGGAUGGAGGAUGAGUUUCUUGCAGAUUACUUGAGUGUCAGUAUUGAAAAAGAAAUUGCUCAGACUUUUAGUACAGAUUCAAUUAUAGAUGAUUUUUCUUCUCUAAAAGAUUGUCGAGCUCAGCUUUUGUAG